CGUUUACCAAACACGAAGUUGCCCAGAUCAGUCAAUCCAAGAAUGUCAGAAGCCUCUGGACAGGGAGCAGAGCUCUUAGCUCCUGGUUUUGAAACUAUUUCCAAAAGCUCUUGGAUGGGAUUCAUAAAAAAUCUGGCUACUUUUACUGGAGACUUGUCCGCUCUUUCUGCGCCUUCUUUUAUUUUAUCAGGAACUUCUUUGCUUGAAUACAUGUCAUACUGGUUUGAGUUUCCAGAAUUAUUUGUUUCGAUAGUCGAUCAUGAAAGUCCCAAAGACCGCAUGCUUGCCGUCCUGAAAUGGUAUAUGGCAGGACUCAGCCGCGAAUACGCAUCUCGAAACAAGAGUUAUGGCACUGAGAAAAAGCCCCUCAAUCCCAUUUUGGGUGAAUUAUAUUAUGGCACCUGGGACUCUAGUAAAGGCAAGAUUGAAUUGGUUGCCGAACAAGUUUCCCAUCAUGGCCCUGUUUCCGCCGCCCAUGUCGUUUGUAAAGAAGCAGGUAUUUCUGUUGACACCCACAAUAUGUAUAAAAGUGGGUUUUCUGGUCGUACCGUGUACGUGAACCAGAUUGGUCAAAUUCGCAUUCAUUUAGAAAAAUUCAACGAAACGUAUUACUUAACCCUCCCCAAUAUUUCUUUAGAAGGCCUUUGGUAUAUGACUCCUUACAUUGAAUUGUACGGCAGCACCUAUAUCGUCAGCACUUCCAACUACGUCACAAAGAUUGAUUACUCUGGUCGUGGAUAUUUUAGUGGAACGAAAAAUUCUUUCAAAGCAUCUAUUUAUGAAAAGAAUGCUAACCCCGACUAUGUUGUGGAUGGCAUUUGGACAGGGACUUCCAAGGUAAGCGACACAAAAUCUAAGACCACCGUUCCUUUCUUAGAUUAUGGUACUAUGGAUGCUACCCCGAUUACUCCUGAACCUUUUAGUGAAGUAGGUGAAUGGGAAACACGUCAUGUUUGGGGUAGCGUAUCAUCUGCUCUUGCUCGUAACUGCUAUGACAUUGUCAGUAUUGAAAAGUCUGCCAUUGAGCAAUCUCAGCGUGAAAUGCGUAAACGAGAGAAAGAAGAAGGUGUAGAAUGGAAACGCAGAUACUUUGAAUGGCAACCUGAUGAAAGCUCGGCCCGUAAUUUGUUAGCUCAUUCUGUGCAAGAGGUUAUUGAGCCUGGUUUUUGGGUGUACGUUGGCGAUACGCAACCUGAGUGCAAACCAGGUGAUCACCCUGUGAGAAGGACCUAAUCUUAUUUUGGUUGCAUUUACUUUUUUUUCCAUUUUUAAAGAGUACAAGUUUUGGUUUUUAAUUUUUAUUUACAGUUCUUUUCUCGUGACUCUAAUUAGUGAUGUUAAGAUAUAGGAAUGACUUGUUUUAAGAAGGACUUUUAAGGAAUUUCUUAAUCACAUUACUGCUGAAGCGUAAUGAUGCCGAUUCUUUGAGCACGCACAAUAUUCUGAGGUGAAGUGAAAGAAAAUAAUAAGUAGUUCCUUCUGCUUUUUUACGUCAACGUGUUUAUUAUGGUUUUAUUUUUUAAACGAUUUGUUCGCUAUAAAUUACUUUUAUGAGAUGAAUCAUUCAUUCUCACUUCUACAUAGUAAAACAGCUAUACGACUCUCAGGUUUAAUUAUCAUGUCUGCUAUGCUGUGAAACUAGCAAUAGAAGCCUUCAUAGUCAUGUAUUUGUUCGAAACAUCGAAAUGAAAGCAUCGUCUUCCCAAAACGUGAGAAACUUUUACAGAUGCAAUCUUUGAAAGAAUAGUAAUCUUUAGAAUGGUGGUAGAGCAAAAAUAAUAAAACGCACAUGUAAUUGUAUAGCAG